AUGACUGACAGCCCUUCAACUGAUACUCUUUCGUCAGAAUCUACAGCCUUGCAGACAACCCCAUCGAUCUCUUCUGCAACUACUAUUCAACCCGUCUCAACUGCUGCACCCGAGGCCGCCUCGAGUGUGCUGAAGACCGACGAUACCUUUGCUUAUGCGGUUUUAGCAUUC